GAGCGUCUCGUUGCUCCAUCGCCUGCCUCGUCUUCAAGUGUGAGCUCUUCUGUUGGAAGCUGCUUGCACGAAGGGACGCUGAUUUCAAGUGAACUGAAGAGGGAAGCAGAUACAACAAGUCAGCACACUUGACGGUGUGAGUGUGUAUGUGAAUGUGUGUGUGUGUGUCGACAUGACAAGAGCAACUGUGACCCAACUUCUCAUCCUCAUGAUCAUCCUCGUCAUCAGCUGCCUACCAGAAUUCUUCACCAUAAACAGAGUGACGCUGGUCUGUUUGCCCCACGUGCUGUGCGAACAAGACAAUUUGAUGAGGAAGACGGAGAACAGGAGGAGCGGUGAUGCCGAGGUUAGACGGAAGAGGCCAUGUGACCAUCCCCACUUCACAGUGGAUGAAAAAUGGUGCGAGGAGAGAGAUGUUGACGGCAACCCUACAUCAAAGCCCAGGGGAGUUGAGGACACCAACACAAGUUGGUACAUGUGUGAAACACAAGGAAAUGCGGCCCAAUUACAAAGCAACAACUCACACUCAGCCGUUCUCACUGAGAUGACGGUGGAGCUUCAACUGGGAGACGCUAAGUUCCUGAAACACACCUUAUAUGGUCGCAGCAAUAGCACCAACCUACAACUUCACUCACCUGAGGGGGAGGCGGGCGAAAGGAGAGAUGAUGAUGGUCACAGAGGGGCAUCUUAUUGCUGUCUGACCGUCCCGCCGACUCCUGGGACAUCCAGUCACAUCACUUGUUUCCUUAGGCUAUCCAAUCACACCAUUUCUAUUACAAGAGCCACGGGGAAGUUUCAAGAAGAUGAGUGGGGUGGUGUGUUCAGGGUCCUCUGGUUGGUUCUGCUGUGUGUGAUGUUGCUGAGUUUGACCUCAGCUUUCCUUAGACAUAUAAACCAAAAAGGAGGCUGCAGCAAGAAGUCCAAGGUGUGUCCACUUGGUUAUGGCUUCACUGGGCAGGAGUUGAAAGACGGGCGAAAAGACACCGAGAUCAACAUUCUAAAAGGGAGAAAUCUUCAUACUUAUGAGUCUUGCCCAAUGCGGUCAGGACUAUCACCUAUUGAAGAGGUUGAAGCUGAUGAUGAUGUGGUGGAAAGUGUACUGGAUGGAAAGGUGGACCAAUAUGUCACUGCAUGCUAAUCUUCAUCACCGUCCAACAGUGUGUCUCCCUCAGAGAUGAGCCAAACUGCUGAUGGACAGAAGUCAACUUUAGGAACAUCACCUUCCAGAAAACACCAAAAUGUGAAAGUAAAAAAAAAAAGACAUAUCUGGGACACAAAUAAGGAUUAAAGCGUCUUCAUUUUCAACAAGAAACAGUCUUUGGGACUUCAGUCAGACAGCAGCUGUUCGUAGUAAAUGAAUAUAUUGUUCACACAUAACAAAUCACGUUGCAUGUGUAGUUACAGUAUGUUGUGGGCAGGACAGUUUAAGUUUCAAUGCUUGUAAAGGAAUAAAUGCCUGUUCUGUUGGUAUUAGAAUAACAUUGAGUAAAAUGCGCACAUGUACUGUAGGAGAUACAUAUUCACCGGUUUCUUCAAGCCGUUGCUGCCGGUGUAGUAUCAAUUGUCUUGUAAUUUAAGACGGAUACUGGCAUUAUAGUAUUUCUUUUGUGUCAAACAAUAACUCAGGGUUAGGGUUGGAGUAAGGUUAGAUAGGGUUAGGGUAAGAGUGCAAAGACUGCCUAAUAUACUGUAUUUAUAUAUAAAUGUAAACAGCAACAAUUUUUGGUUAAGUUUUUGGAAAGAACAUUCUGUAGCUCAUCACACACCUAUAAAUAUACGUGACAAACACAUUUCAGAGACGCAACAAGAAAGCUAAGUGGGAAAUGGAACUGUAAUGGAACUCUUAGCUUUAUAUUAUACACAUAAAUAACUAAAAUGUCAUGUAGUUUGAAGCACUUAAUGUGGAGGCAAAAGUAUCUUUUCUGUACAAUGCAUACAUAAGGCAAGUGGAUGAGCAGGUCGCGCACGUGUGUGUGUGUGUGUGUGUUAGUGCUGCACAUGUGCUUCUGCUGUUUCUGUGCAGGUGCUGCAGCGCUGGCUCUCAAUGUGGGCGACCUGCAGGAUGGGCAGCAGGAGCAGAAAUGCAUUCUGGAUGUAGUUGGUACUGUUGGUGCCCUGUGGAUAAGAUGACCCAAAAGCUUCAGCAUCCUCACAUGAGUAAACAUUUUUAAAUCACACUAAAAUUUUAUGCAUAUUACUCAGUGAAAUACUAGAGAUUUUCAUUUAAAUAUUACCUCUAAAAUUGUAUCAUUUGAAAUUGGGCUUUUAGGAGGCAAAAGCUUAAAGUUGAAACUUGUGGAACUCAACAAUUCUUCUUUGUAGAUCUUUAGUGAGUUCCUUGGACUUUCCCAUUGUUCUGAGUAUGGGUCAAUCCAAUGGGGGCUGUCAAAUAAAUUAUUUUAUGCAGCCAAAGAGAAACUACCAAGUCAAUCCUGAUCAUUAAGGAGAAGUUAAUGUUAAGCCUUGUUAAAUUAAGACAUUCUGGAAACUUCAGCACUACUUAAAAAAAAGAGAAAAGAUUUAGGCGAAUGUAUGUAUCUACAAAUUUAAUUUUGACCCUGUUUAUUAGAAAAAAAAUGAAAAAUAAAUUCAAACUUGUCCACCCAAUUCUUGCUUAUAAAAAGAUGUUUGUUGUAUGUCAUUCCACCCUGGAAAAAUAAUGGUUCAAAUAAAUCAGCGAGAGCCCUAAAUUAAUACGACAUUUUGUUGCAGCCUCCUUUAACCUUUAGUCGCUGAGAGGGUAGAAAUGGGUCCCUUGUGUUUGUGACGUGCAUUUUACAGAGAUGCUGAGAUCCAAAAUGCGCUUUGGUGGAUUUAAUUACACCAGCACUCAGCUUUCACAGCGAUCAGACAGUACAGUCGCCCCUCGCCAAUCCCGGCCUCACUUUAUUGCGUUUUUUCAAAAAUGUAUUGAUUAAUAAAUGAUCGCUCUUUCGUGGCUGACU